ACGGCGCGUCUCUGCUGCGACAGGCGGACAGAAAUGAGCAGAACCCCGCAGAGCGGAGCCAGAGACCAUGGAUCCCUGUAGAACCCUGACGGUGCUGCUGUGGAUUUUAUUCCUGAAGCGGAUCCAAGACUGCCGAGGAGAGGAAGUGGUGCUGCUGAACUCCAAGGAGACACAGGCAGAGCUCGGCUGGACCUCUUAUCCCCCCAACGGAUGGGAGGAGAUCAGCGGCGUGGACGAGAAGUACAAACCCAUCCGGACCUACCAGGUGUGCAAUGUGAUGGAGCCCACCCAGCAGAACAACUGGCUGCAGACGGGCUGGGUGACCCGCCGAGGAGGACAGCGCAUUUUUGUGGAGCUUCAGUUCACACUGCGUGACUGUAACAGCAUCCCCGGCGUGGCCGGGACCUGCAAGGAGACCUUCAAUCUUCUGUACGUGGAGUCGGACCGGGACCUGGAUGGGGUGACACGGGAGGACCGCUACACCAAGAUCGAUACCAUCGCUGCAGAUGAGAGCUUCACUCAGGGCGACCUAGGAGAGAGGAAGAUGAAGCUGAACACUGAGGUGCGAGAGAUCGGCCACCUGAACAGGAAGGGCUUCCAUCUGGCCUUCCAGGAUGUCGGCGCCUGCGUCGCUCUGGUGGCCGUGCGUGUUUACUACAAACGCUGCCUGGCAACCGUCCAGAACCUGGCCGUGUUCCCCGACACGGUGGCCGAGGCGGCCUUCGCCACUCUGGUGGAGGUCCGCGGCGCCUGUGUCAACAACUCUGAGUUGGACACGGACAGCCCUCCCAGGAUGCACUGCAGCGCUGAGGGCGAGUGGCUGGUGCCCAUCGGGAAGUGCAGCUGCAGCGCGGGCUACGAGGAGGGACACAGCAGCUGUGAAGAGAAGCUCAAUAAUAUCGAGCAGCUGCUGAAGCAGGUGGAGGUUCAUCACCUCCUCAUCUGGGAGGAGGUGAAGCUCUGCAGCU